UUUUUUUUCUUCUUUUUUUGGUAGUUUUUCCUCCUCUCGCGAAGUGAUCGAGUCGGCGAUGUUGAUUGUUCGAUGUAAAACACUGCCGUUAUGACACGGCUGUUGUAAGCUCCGGGGAGAAGUAAUAAGAAGGUUGGAGUAAUUGUUAAAGCCCGAAAGUGUGGAACGAAACUUAAAUUAUAAACAUGGUGGUAUAAUCGAAACCGCAGUGAAAUGAAAUCGUCGAGUUACACUGAUCGGUGAUAAAUAUUUAUCCCGUUUGUUUUCGAGUGUCACCGAAUUCGUGCCUCGUGUACGACAAUAGAAUGAGUGAAGUUUUAAUUACGAGCCUUUAUAUUAAUACGAAUUAAAAUAAAAACGUGGUGCAGGGGUGUUGAAAUUUAUUAAUUCCUGAUAUCGAUUCGUCGAUAAAACAAGCUGCUCCGAAUACAACGCAAAAGGUGGUCGUGUUUGGCAGCGAGCCUUUGAGAGAAGGAUAAUAAUAAUUCGUGCGUGUGUGCGUUUGCGCGCGGGUGUGGGCGGGUGUGUGCGUGUUCAAACACCUCACCUGUUAACCGCGCAGCGGCGUUUCAUUCACAAUAGCAGAGAUAAUCCCCGAGAUAUUACCCGGGCACUUUUGUCUAUAAGCAACCUUCAAACGGUGUAUAAACAAGAGAAAAGUUUGAAUCUAAUCCCGUUGUGUGCGAAGCGAGUGAAGUGAGCGAGUGAGGAGUUUAAGUGCGACGCUCCUCCUCCCCCCCCCCUCUUAAAUCCUCCGGGGGGCCACUAAUUCCAGACGCGACUCGACCGACCUUAGAAACAAAUAACAGACGCCUUUGUACGGACAACCAGGGGAUAUAGAUCCUCCGGUAUUUGUCUCAUCUCUCGGCUCACGGCGAACGUGACGUUAACUUAUCGCUCCGAGAUGAGGAAUAUUUAAGAAAGUGGAAAGCUUUCGGUGAAUAAAUUGAAUUACUCGCCGUAUUCGUUCUUCGAUCGCGAUUGACGAUGUAAAACAGUACUGUCCGUUGUUCUAAACUAUAAUUUUAUUCCAAAGGUAGCCGAAAACCGAGACGAGGAGCGGAGUGGAGUGAAGUGGAGUGUUUCGAGUCCGAUUCUCGGGUAUCUCGGCCGGCGUUUUCGAAAGUAAUGCCGUGCCUUGGCGGGGUGGUUUUAGUGAUAUUUUAACGGUGUGGUUAAACGCUGAGCGGUACCCCAUCAUGAUCGCUACCUGGUGCUUCGCCGUCGAGCUGCUCCUGCUGAUGUGCCUGCAACACGUAACGACGGAUAAUUUGGGCACACUGAAGACCUACCAGCGGGCUGCAUGUGACGAAGAAACAAUGACGCUGAGAUGCCCUCCGGGAACAACGAUAUCAGUGACGCUGGCACAGUACGGAAGAGCAGGGGUGGCAAGUGUCAGUAAAUGUAGCACACCGAGUCCGCAGGCUGUAGAAAAGGAGCCGACUCACACCUGCCUUUGGCCCCAGGCACUGGAGUACUCCCUGUUGCAGACCGUCGUGGAAGCCUGUCAGAAGAAACGCCAGUGCAAAUUCAACACCAGCCCGGAAACAUUUCAGGGUGAUCCUUGCCCCGGUCUUCCGAAGUACAUCGAAAUCGCCUACAAGUGUCGGCCAUACGAAUUCAGAAGCAAGGUUGCCUGCGAGAACGACGCCGUGAACCUCGUCUGCAACCCGGGAAGCAGAGUAGCCAUUUACAGCGCAGCUUACGGCAGGACCCAGUACGAGUCUCUGCAGUGUCCACAGCCGCUCGGUGUGCCGGAUGAAACCUGCCUGAUGAGCCACGCUACGGAAAGGGUGAUGAACCUUUGCCAUGGGAAACGGAGGUGUCUACUUACCGCCGAUAGCCAGACCUUUGGAAAACCCUGCAGGCCGGAGAGCAAGGUCUACCUCAAGGUCGUCUACACUUGCGUUCCUCGGAAAGUGCUACGGGAGCAGUACGAGGGGGCGGUUGAACCCGACGAAACGGACCUUGUGAACGAGUUCGAGGAGGGUUACGACAGGGCAGAUUUUCGCGCGGAGUUCAGCCCGAGUCCGAACUUGGAGGGUCCCCAGCCUCAGCCGAGAGAUAACAGUACCCGGGAUGGACCGACCGUCAGUUCUUCACCGCCAAGGGCGAGAACCAACAACGACGUGGAUUCGCGAUUGAAGGUAACGAGCUCGGUCGGUACACACGAGAAAAAGCGCAAGCAUAGCCAUAACCAAAUGCCGACCGAGGACACCCCCGGAAUGAUGUUGGGGGACAGGGGCGGUAGUAGUAAGGCCGAGGAUGACUCUGUUUUUCCGACAAACUGCACGACAGUUAUCUACGCCAUUCCCGAGGAGGAACGCGUUGUCGUUGGCUAUCUCAAUGAGUGGAUCAAUGCCUACGCUUUCAUAUCAAAAAACCAGGAGAAAUUCUAUCUCUACAUAAUCGUUUCGGUAACGGCUGGAAUACUUCUAUUCCUCGGUCUGGUUAUCGGGCGAUUGUUGGUCAGCCGACAUCGCGCUAAAAGGGAGGCUAAAUUUCACGCCAACAACGACGCGUUGCCGAACGGAUUCACCGACGACAUCUCGGAGAUCGACGCCGACAUCGAUCUCACAACUCCCGUUGCCGUUCCGAUGCAGGACUCGAGGAUUCCUGAAACUCAGCUGGCCGAGCGUCUUCACGGCGAGCGUUACUACUCGGACGGCAGAAUCGGGUUGAUGGGGACGACGCCGAUUCACGCUACGAGUCAGCAGCAUCACCAGCAUCACGGGGGCGUAAGGAUCGACCUCGGUAAUCACAUGGUCGGCACCGACAGCCUCCACACGAUCCUUCGAUCGUCCGAAAACCCGAGAACGAUGAGCAACAAGAGCUACUACUACGGCUGACAAGAAGAGGGGGCAGCCCUCCGCGAGGGGAGGCCCCCCACGUUGAGUCCGGUACCGGAAGUUACCACUCGGAAGUACUGCUUCUAGGUAUACAGAAACGCACGCGCAUAUACAUAUAUAUAUAUAUAUAUAUAUAUAAUAUUAUAUAUAUUCGGUAAUUCGUUAUUCGAUCACUGUCAUCAACGUUGGUUCAAUUCUUGUUAUCCUCUUUUCACCACCUUCCUCUUCUUCCAAUGAUCACGCUUCCCUCCCUCCUCCCCCUUUCUUUGAUCUUACCGCGCGUAAUUACAACUGUAAAUAAUCGUCAGAUCCUUUGUCAUUGAUAUUGGAAGUCGUGUUUUUGUAGGCAAAGAUGUGUCAAGGCGCAUAAACAGCUGUUUAAAAAUUGCAUCCCGACUAGUUGGUUAGUUAGUCGGACUCUGAUCGUUCGAUCAUACCUCAAUUCACCGUUGUACCUGGUGGAAGAAAAUUCUUAGCUUCGUUUAAUUUUCUCGUAUUAUUUACUCUCGUUUCCCUGGGGAUAUUCUUAUGUAGAUUACACGGGUUUCCGGACUUCCACGCUUUAUAUUGAUCUUUCUUAUCGGCCAACCUAUGUAUUACUUACUUUCUCAAAUAAUAUGUACAACACGGACGUACACUUGCAUGUGAUAACUUUCCAGAGGAAAUGAGUUUAGCGAUCGAUUCUAUCUUGGUAUUUUUUGUUUUAUUUUUUUUUUGCUCUUUGUCGUAAAUUUUUUAUUUUCCCCUUGCGUUUGUACACAAAAUUGUAUGCGAGAACCGUUUUCUUUACCAUUGUUGCGCAGUUUUCCCCGAUCGAAUAUAUCGCAAAACGGCGGCAUUAGUAUAAUGAUAAAUACGCACUGUACGAUAAUCAUUCAACGUCUGUGACAAGCGACCUUUUACUUUGUCUUUCUUUUGUGUUUUCACACGCGCGCGGAGCUGAACGAGUAAAGAAAAAAGAAGAAAAAAAAAAAAAAAUCAAGCAUAAUUAUAGAAUUAUAUCAAUUUGUAAAUACAAUCGCGUAUAUGGUAAGUAUGUAUGCACAUAGACGUAUAUUACUCAGAAAUGUAUAUUAGGAUACAAUGUAAAUCCACAAAUGCGUGUCCGGAAUGUAAACAGAAUUCACGUACGAGAGUAGGAAAUUUAUUCCCGUAUUGAGAGUCGAGGGUGAUGAAAAAAGUUGUAAAAAAUAACUUUAACCGAUCUUGUGCCAUGAAUUUCUCUUUCGAUAGUUUAUAUAAAUUAGGUAGGUAAUUGUCUUUACUAUAACGAUGUAUUAUUAUUUCAAUAGGUAUACAUGUCACGCAUACAGUGGUGGGAUACAGAUCUGUCUAACGAUUGAUACGAAGUAUCAAAUAUCCUUGGACAUUUUUCAUGUUCUUCUUUUUCUUUCACCGAUAUAGCAAUCACUUUGUCACGGAUCUUGUAUCGUUCGACGUAAAGUUUUGCAUCGCUAAAGAAUCUUAUUACAGAGGCUAGAGAUUUGGAUUUAUCGCAAGUAACAAACCACAGCGAAUGAAACGAAAAGGAAGAAAAUUAGGGAAAUUGAUACGUAUUUAAAAAUGUUUCACCUACGGACUCCACGCAUGCGGAUAUUAUAACCAUUGUACGUGUAAGGUGGAAAAAUCGAUCGGAGAUGAACUCGAGGUACCAAAGAUAAUUAAGGUUGAAUCAACAAAGUAAGAAUAAUAAUAUUAACAAUAACAAUAAACAAUAAUAACAAGGGUUAACGGUAACGGUAAUAUAGAUAUUAAGAAGUAAUAUUAACUAUUCUUGUUGGAAUAUUUUCAACGGAGUGCCUGACAAUUUGAAUACACGUAUAAAAUAUUACUACACCUAUAUGUAUUAUGUAUAUAGAGCCGUAGGAUUCACGUCUGCGCGUAUCGUUAUCGAAAAUUUCCCAACGACCUUCGUAAAUUCAACAACAAUACCUAUAUAAAUAGAUGCAUACGUAUACAGACAAACGAAUCGAUAUCAGUUUAAUUGAGGAGGGAAAAUGGCGGGGUGUAUGAAACUCGUUGCGGGAAAACAAAUGUAACAAAUAUUGAGUUUUAAAGAGAGAUACGAAGAAAGUAAAUGAUCCUCGGCCAAUUUGAAGAUACUUGUACGGCGUAAGUAUUUGUAUUUCGUAUCGUAUGCAUGUUUAUUACGCGCGAUAUGCAUGUACAAAUACGUACCCGUACAACUGUACGCGUAAUGAUAACUUUGUUAGUAAUAAUCUUUUGUAUUAUAUGGGAGUAUGGAAAUUUAUCUAUGAUAAUAAUUAUCAUUACUAUUAUUAUUAUAAUUAUAAUGGUGAUAUUAUUAUUCCGUUGUACUACAAAUAAUUACACAAUUGAAUAUCGCGGCCGGAAGGCGAUACGGUGAAGUAAUAUCGCGUAUAAUAUACAAUGCGUAUGGUAUAAUUCACGAUUCCGAUAUAUUGCGACGAUGCGAUGGUGUUGCAAAUGUACGGCGUAUUAUUCUGUACACUUUUAUACCAUCGUCACGUCGGCGUGAAAUCGUACUUAAACGACGAAAACUCGGAGCAAGACGAAAAAAAAACAAGAAACUAAAAAAAAAAAAAAAAACAAAAAGAAAAAACAAACAAAAA